AUGGCAUCACUUUUUCAUAUGAUAAUUGGUUUCUUUGGCUUCUGGAGAAUUUUUGGAAGUUCCUCUGGUAACUCUUACUGGACUUGGGUCUAUGCUCUAGGUUUCCCUCAGCUGGCAAAAUGCAUUGAAAUGGACUCCAGCAUUACUGAUAUUGGUUCUAUUCUAGUACUUCCAUUAAAAAUCGGAGGCAUCAUUGACGAUUUGCAGUCCUGUUCACCGUCGCUAUUGGUGGGAUAUGCUGAAGAUAAGGGUUCCAUAUCCUUUCAGUGGGGUGGUCCCAGUUUUAAUGCUGGCGAUUUUUGCAAUGAUGGCUUCUUCUUGGUUGCUUAUUAUGAGUCUACAGGUACUUUUAUUGCAGCAUCAGAUAUGGGAGCGCCACUCCUAUGCCACCUUCGUACUAGCCGCGGUAUUGGUUGGCAGGGAAUAGGAAUACUGCUUGAGGUCUUUUUGGCACAGGAAGUGGCACCACUGCUUCAGUGUCUUCUGGGAUUGACACGAAAUGGAAGCCGAAGAGUUGUUCAAAUAUCAGCAUUAUUUAUGAUUUCUCUCUGUUUAGGUGUGGCAUCCUUUCAACACAUAUUUCAAGUGAUUUUCUCAUCCCCAGCGACAGUGGCCAUUAUGGUUGCGUACUUCUGGACUGCACUCACAGUGUUGGGCACAGCGCAACCCGGCGAGACAGGGCAGGCACUGGUGGGUAAAGUUCCGGUAUUUCGAACGGGAUACAAGGAGUGA